AAGUUAAGGAUUGGUUAUAUACUUCUAAUCCCAAACGUUGGAUUGCGUCUAAAAAGCUACCAACACAUUUAAUAAAUACAAUCCAACACCCAAAAUUAAAAACAUAUAACUAAUUAUUAACAUAAAAUACUUAUUGAAAAAUCUCUCAUCCUCCACCCAUUUUCAAAACUAGAGUCAGAACCACUAAAUCCGAGUGAAGAGUAUAACAUUCCAGCAAAACAAACAGACCCCUUCUUUAUAAACCUCACAUUUGUACGUUUUUAGGGUUAGGGUUAGGGUUUUACCACACACAGGCUGAAAAUGGAGGCUGAGAGAAAGCUAUCGGCAGAGGCUGGGUCCAUACUCCAGGAAGGUAUAGGAUUGGUUCUGUCUCGGUGGUCAGCGCUCCAAUUGGCCGUUGAGAACGAGUGGGGUGGCCGUGACUCGGGCCGGAAAGCGGAGCAACUCAUCAUCGAUAUCUUCUUCUGGUUCAAUCACUCCAAAGAGCCUCUUUACAUAGAUGAUUUAGAAGAUGUGCUGAAUGAAGCUAUGCUUUCUCUCAACACUAUGACAGAGGAUGGCAGCAUUGAGGAGGUUGCUGAAAAGUUAAUGAUUAUGCAUGAAGAAUGUUUAGACUGUAAUUUCAAGUCUAUUGAAAGCCUAAGGGAAGCCAAUCAUCGAAGAGUUGCUGUUCCUCAUGUUAGAGAGGUUGCAAAUGAUGACGACGAUAGCGAUGAAGAAAAUGAUGAUAGAGAUCAUUGCAUGGGAAAUGAUGAUUCCUCAAACAUGAUGAUGGUGGACACACCGGAGUCUCAUUCAAAUGUAAAUGUUGUAAGCAUGUCAGACAGUGAGCCAAAACCCAAGCUGGCUGCCGAAGCAGAAGAUGGAUGGGAAGUAGUUGGACCAAGACGACAUAAGGGUAGAAGGAAUUAGGUUGAACCCUAGGUAUAUGCAAUUCCCCCUUACCUCAACAUUUGUCAUUUUUUAUCCCCUCUCAAAUGGAAUAGUAUAUGUAUACCAUGUUUUGCUAAGUUCUUUGACAGAGUUUGAAGUUAACUCACCCAAAUGAGAAAAGAAAAAAACCGAUUAAUAUUACAAGAAAAGGGUAGCUGCAUUUUCAA